CCCGCGUCACCUUGAGGGUUAACAGAAAAGGCGAAAACGCCGUAUUACAAUAAUGUAGUGGGUGUGUUUAAUGAAGAGACUUUAAAGCGGUAACGCUGCUGGGAGUCUGCUCUGAUGCUCGUGAUUAGCGAUUGGGCACUGGAGAAAGCACAACUUUCUGUCUGUGAGCUGCAGUUGCCGCCGGAGAGCGGGAUUGCUGCUGGAGUCCAGCACGACCCCACCCCCCACUCUCUAACAAGGCAGAACCCCCGAAAUCUGAGUGUGUGUGUGUGUGUGUGUGAGAGAGAGAGAGAGAGAGAGAGAGAAAACAGGGGAAGACCGAAGUGAACGUCUGCAAGAUUUGUGGUAGCAGGAAAAAGAUGGUCGGAAGUUUGCUGGCGAUGUAACUCGGCUCUCAAGCGGAGGAAAUGGUCGCUGAUGCUAGCCUGGUGUUGUGAGAGUCUACCCGCCCGCCGCUCGCUGGAAGAACCGAGACUGACUGACAAAUUGGAGUUGCCUAAAGCAAUUUUAAAUUCGCUACUCGUUUCUUUUUCCCCUCUUGCUGAUUUCAGCCGCUUCCCGCCUACCCGUGGAUGGUCUGUCUUAAAUGACAAAUUCAAUUUUUAACUCAACUUCUGUUGCCGAAUGGAAGCCGAGCAACUUCCUGGCCGAUAGGGCUUAACAGAUCCGAGGGAGUACGAACUAAGCAGAGCUGCGGAAGGCACCAUCCUAGUGAACCACAUCUGCGUCCUCUUCGAAGUCUCCAUAUCCUGUGGGUGAUGCAGUGCUCGGGACUGCAAGUGAUAGUCCAAAUGUGGCUUCCUAACUUAUACUUGACACCCCUACUGAGGCAGAUUUCCAGCAUCUGCAGUUCUGAGCUCUUUUGGAUCCUCCCUCCUGCAAUCUGACAAAAGACCUACAGGCAGACGACUACAUGGCGUACACUGUAACCUCGGCCCCUGUUCCGCUCGCCAGCUCAGUCGAGUACUGUGUCUGUAAAGUGGAGCUAUCUGUGUCCGGCCAGAAUCUCCUGGACAGAGACGUCACAUCUAAAUCGGACCCUUUCUGUGUGGUGUUCAUGGAAAUCAGUGGAAAAUGGUCAGAGAUUGGGAGAACAGAAACUGCUGUAAACAAUCUAAACCCAGUAUUUGCCAAGAAGUUUGUAGUGGACUAUCAUUUUGAAGAAGUGCAGAAACUGAAGUUUGCCUUAUUUGACCAAGAUAAAUCCAGUAAACAGCUUUAUGAGCAUGACUUUCUCGGAGAAUUUUCAUGUACUCUCGGAGUGAUUGUAUCAAGCAAGAAGAUGACACGACCACUUCUCCUAACCAAUGGGAAACCUGCUGGGAAAGGAACAAUAAUGAUUAGUGCCCAAGAAAUCUCAGAUAAUAGAGUAAUCACCCUUAGCAUGGCUGGCAAAAAUCUGGACAAAAAGGAUCUCUUUGGGAAAUCUGACCCUUAUUUAGAAUUCUACAAACAAGAAGAAGAUGGGAAAUGGAUGCUAGUUCAUAGAACAGAGGUUAUAAAGAAUACCCUCGACCCUGUCUGGAAGCCUUUCAGCAUGCCGCUUGUGUCCUUGUGUGACGGUCAUGUGGACAAAAACAUAAAGAUUCUCUGCUACGAUUAUGAUAAUGACGGAGGACAUGACUUUAUCGGGGAGUGUGAGACCACGGUGACCAAGAUGUCUGAAGCAGGUGACUCGGGAGAGGUAGAAUUAGAAUGCAUUAAUUCAAAGAAACAAAAGAAGAAGAAGACUUACAAGAAUUCAGGAAUAAUUGUUAUUAAAUCGUGCAAGAUCAUCAGGAAUUAUUCCUUCCUGGAUUAUAUCCUUGGCGGUUGCCAACUGAUGUUCACUGUUGGGAUUGACUUCACAGCGUCCAAUGGAAACCCUCGAGACGCCAGCUCUCUGCAUUACAUUAACUCCAUGGAAUCAAAUGAAUACCUUGCUGCUAUCUGGGCAGUGGGACAGAUCAUCCAGGAUUAUGACUCAGACAAGAUGUUUCCAGCCUUAGGUUUUGGUGCACAGCUACCUCCUGACUGGAAGGUGUCCCAUGAAUUUGCCAUUAACUUCAAUCCUACGAAUCCUUUCUGUUCAGGUGUAGAAGGGAUCGUCCAGGCAUAUACGGCCUGUCUGCCGCACGUUCGAUUUUAUGGACCCACCAACUUCGCGCCGAUAGUAAACCACGUGGCAAGGUUUGCCAGCCAAGCCAUCCAGCAGGAAGCUGCAGCGCAAUACUUCAUCCUCCUGAUUAUAACAGACGGUGUUAUCAGUGACAUGGAUGAGACUAGACAUGCUAUUGUGCAGGCAGCUAAGCUUCCCAUGUCCAUCAUCAUCAUAGGGGUUGGAAAUGCUGACUUUGCUGCAAUGGAGUUCCUGGAUGGAGACAAUAGUGUUUUACGAUCAUACACUGGGGAAGAAGCCACGCGGGAUAUUGUACAAUUUGUACCAUUCCGGGAAUUUCGAAAGGCUCCUAAAGAAACGUUGGCCAAAUCUGUCCUAGCAGAACUACCCCAGCAAGUUGUUCAGUACUUCAAGCAAAGAAACCUUCCACCGGUUAAUCCUGAUUCAGCCUAACACCAAACCUGAUUUCCUUCAAACUUGCAUGACUCCUGACCAGCCCAGCUGAAAAUGUUUACAAAAUCUCUGCAUGUUUUGCAGCAAAUAGCACAUUUGUAACAUUUUGUUUCCAUUGCUUUUAAAAAAUAUUUCAACGACUCAAUUUGUUUGUAAGAACAAUCUGGUGCUUUGUAAAAGCAUGACGAUUAACACUAAGUAAAAGUGGUCAACUCUUUUCCUUGUCACCACUGUUAAAAGUAUUGAAUGUAUCUUUGUAUUUUUGGGUGUUACAUAUCUGAUUUUCUUUCAAUUGUUAAACAAAACACUGAAAAUAAUAUUACCAACUUGCAAAAAGGAUAAGGGAUAAAUUCUCUCAUUUUGUGUAUACAUUGUCCGUAUGAUUAAAUAAACUGUACUUUUGUCAAGAUA